AUGGAGAAAUGUGCCAGAAAUUCAUUGGCUUCAAGAAAAAAAAUUUAUGAUGAAAAUAACAAUAAAAUUGAAUGGCGUUACAUUGAAAAUCUUUAUCACUAUUCAAACUCUAGUGAUUUCCGUGCACAUAAGCUAACUAAAAAACACAUUGAAUUCAAGCGACACGAAAUGAAUGUAAGAAUUGCUGCUGAAACUUUCAGCAAAUCAGUUGCAGAUAGCUUACAAUUUUUGAUGGAUCAAGGUGUUGAAGAAUUUCAAGGCGCCAAAUCCACCAUUAAAUUUAUUAGGGGCAUGGAUAGAUUAGCUUUGUCAGCUAACAAUAAACGUGUCGUCUUUGAUUUCCUUCGCAAAUUUGGUGAAUAUUUCAAAACUCUUACUGUCGAUGAAGAAUAUAUUAUCCGGAAAGCGACUCCUAUUGCAGCAGCUUUAAAGAUUAUUAAAAGAGUGCCACUUUUGAAGUCUCGAGUGAACACCGCAUUUCUUGGAUUCAUUAUGGAUUCACUUUCAUUGUUUGAAAUGUUUAAAGAGUAUGUUGAAGAAGCCCAUUUUCUGGACAAUAUGUUUACCUAUAAUCUACUCCAAGAUGUCAUUGAAAUGUUUUUCGGUCGAAUCAGGGCAUGUGGUGGAUUCAAUAAUAAUCCAAAUAUUCAACAAUUUAAAGGUGCAUAUCGUAAACUUCAAUCUAAUAUAAAGAUAGAUUUAUCUGAGAAGAGCAAUUGUCGUGCUUUUGAUUUGGACUUGCCAGAGACUUGCUUUUAUUCGGAUAUCUAUUUUGUUUCAUCAAAGAGAGCGAAGAUUGUUAUGGACGAAAAUGUCUAUGAAGCGCAAAAGGAUUCCAUACUCAAUGAAUUGGCUGAAAGUGCAGGAGUUGAUACAACUGAUACAUUUGAUCCGAUCGAAAUUACUGACGUUUUGUCCCGUUUGUCAAACUUGGACGUUAAUUCGGAAUUUAUGAUUCAACAUAUUGCAUCAGAGAUCGAAAUGAAAAUAAUGACAU